AUGGACCAGACACAGGACAGAUGCCCAGAAUCCUCCAUCUCAGAGAUGCUGCUGCACCUGCUGUGGGCAGGACCUGAAGCUCUGGGCAACGGCUCAUCUCUUCUAGUGCAGGAGGGCCAGUCCCUGCGCCUGGUCUGUGUUGCCGACAGCAACCCUCCCGCCACGAUAACCUGGACCCGGGGGAGCCAGAUCCUGAGCUCCUCAAACCCCGGGGUCCUGGAGCUGCCCUGGGUGGAGUUGGGGCACCAAGGGACAUAUGUCUGCCGAGCUCAGCACCUGUUGGGCUCCCUGGAAGCCUCCUUGAGCCUCUUCGUGACCAACCCCCCACAGCUGUUUGAGCCCUCCUGCUCCUGGGAGAAUGAGGGUCUGCACUGCAGCUGCUCUGCUCGAGGCCUGCCAGCCCCCUCCCUGUACUGGUGGCUGAGGGAAGAACUGGUGGAGGGGAACUACAGCAAUGCCUCCUUCACUGUCACUUCCAGCUCCACUGGGCCCUGGACCAACAGCUCCCUGAGCUUGGGCAGGGAGCUCUGCUCUAGCCUCAGGCUCAGAUGUGAGGCCCAAAAUCCUUACGGGAAACAGAGCGUGACUGUCCUGCUGCUCCCAGGGACACCAGGACCCAGGAAAGGUGAGGUUGUGGGGGCCAUCGGGGGAGCUGGUGUCACAGCCCUGCUUGCUCUCUGCCUCUGCCUCAUCUUUUUCGUAGUGAAGAUCUACAGGAAGAAAUCAGCGGAGAAGGCAGCGAGUGGGCAUGGUGUCCAUUUUGCAGAGAGUACCAUCUCCUGGAUUUCCUGCUGCACUCAACUCAGAGACCUGAGAACCAGCCUCUCCUCUUUCCUCUCCUUCACCUCCCAGAGCCGAUCAGGUCACCUGAAAGAACCCGGGUCAGACAGACCCUCAGACCACCCAGCCCCAGCUGCCACUGCCUCCACCUCAGAGGAGGAGCAGGAACUCCAUUACGCCUCCCUCAGUUUCCAGAGGACAACAUCACGCACCUUUCAGGAACAGGAGACCACCGAGUAUUCAGAGAUCAAGAUCCAGAAAUGAUGACCCCACCCCCCUCCCCAACCCCCCUGAGUUGUCUGGAACCCAGAAAACGCAUCUCUGAGGAAAAUAUGUGCCAGGCACUGAUUCUUGGAAAGUUGACAGCCCUCUGAGCCAAAGUUUAUAAAUGAGAAUGUGAAGUUCCUUGCACAUUACAUGAAGUGAAAUAAGCCAGUCACAAAGAGACAAACUCUGCGUGAUUCCACUUAUAUAAGGUAUCUAAAGUAAUCCAACUCUUAGAAAGAGAAGGUAGAGGGCUCGGGGGAGAGGGAAAUAGGAAGUUGCUAUUCACUAGGUAUAGAGUUUCGGUUUUGCAAGAUGAGAAUGUUCUAGAGAUCUGAUGCACAGCAAUGUACAUACAGUUAACACUACUGUACCAAACACUUAAAAAUGGUUAAUAUGGUAAAUUUUAUGUUAUUUUUUUCCAUGAUAAAAAAAAGUAGGGGCCAGCCUGGUGGUGCAGUCAAGUGCACACGUUCCGCUUCGGUGGGCUGGGG